CGCGGGCGGUAGCGGCGCGGAGCGAGCUGAGUGGUGGCGCGGCCAUGGCGCCGGGCGGGGAGCGCUCGCCGCGGGGCGAGGGCUGCGCGGAGCCCCGUGUCGACCGGAGGACGAGGAAGCCGCUGGUGGAGAAGAAGCGCCGGGCGCGCAUCAACGAGAGCCUGCGGGAGCUGCGGCUGCUGCUGGCCGACAGCGAGGGGGCGGGCGGCGGCUCCUGGAGGCCAGCGAGCGAUUCGCCGCCGGGUACAUCCAGUGCAUGCACGAGGUGCACACCUUCGUCUCCAGCUGCCCCGGAAUCGACGCCACCACGGCGGCCGAGCUGCUCAACCACCUGCUGGAGUCCAUGCCCCUCAGCGAGGGCGGCUGCCCGGACUCGAUCACGGACGUUUUGGGGGAGCCCGCGCUCGGCCCCUGGCCUGCCGGAGAGGCGUUGGCCCUGCCCGCCGGAGCCCGCCCGGGCCCGGCCCUGCCCGCCCCGGCGCUCUCGCCCUGCCCCAGCGAAGAGACCUGCUCCGACUCGGACGAGGCGGAGGCCGAGCCGGGCCAGACCUCCACGGACGGACUGGACGCGUCCCAGACGCAGGGCCUGGCCUCGCCCGGCUCGCCCAAAUCCAUGUGGAGACCCUGGUAAGAGCGGAGAGGAGCCAGCGCGGAGCUGCCUGUGGGGAAGGCAGGGUGCCCCGUGUGUGCAGCGUGUCCGUGGGAGCGCUGUGGCUGCGGGACUCGGGCACUCGGACGCUGUCACACCCUGACAGCCUAAUAGCGAACGCGUUAACAUUUCAUCCCUGUGAGCGUGCGUGUGUGACAUUUGGUAACUUUAGGGGUUGUUCCUAGGAGAGGAUGGGGGGAGGAGGGAGUCGGUUUGUAGAAGCAAAGCUCUCUGGUGGAGACACAGCAGUUAUUUUAUAACCCUGUCUUUCUUCUUGGCCCUUAGAAGCGGCCCAAACACCACUACCCUUUAAGAAAAAGCCCUUGUACAUUUUACAUCACGAUAGUCAAUUCCCGGAGAAGCUGAAGCUACGUCUGCAUGCACGGUUUUAAACGUUCUAGUGAUAGCACAGACCCCUGAGAGAUGUCAGUGGGGGUAGUGUCUGUACCUGGUAGCAGUUUGAAGUUUCACCUUUUAGGGAAGGGAGAGAAAACUUAGAUACCCGGUGGAAUUAGACAAGCAUUUUAAAAGAUGUUGGUGGCAGGGUGCCUUUUAGAAAUGAGUGUCUUUAUGCACAUUUUGCUUUUAGCACACUUGAGUUUGUUGUGACUUCAUGUAUAUUAGGAUGUCAAAUGUUUUUUAUUUUUAAUCUUUAAUAAAAAAAACCCUGAAUUCACAA